AGAACACCAUUUGUCUUUCUUUUUAUUUAUAUUGUUGUUCGAUGGAAUGUUCACUGAUUGGUAUAGUCCUCACAAGUUGCAUGUCAUGGAACACAAGUUGUUAGGUUAUGAGCCGUCACGUGAGGGUGAAUCAUGCGAGUGUGAGUAUCAGUAUAUGGAUAAGAAACAAGAGAACAGUGCUAAUCGAGGGUGUAGAUACAUGUGAUAUUUGUCAGGAAAGACUCGGGAUUCUAAACCCGCCACAAGACUCCGAAGGAGUGUACUUUGCACCGUUCGAUACUAUGGUUGAGUUUGCGGGUGUCUUCAGCUCCGACGAAACCAAGGCCAAGGAGUAUACCUUUGUGGAGUCGCUGGAACAGCGGUUUAUUAGUUGCGGCAUUGGCGUAGGCCUCGUUACUAAUAAAAACAUCUCAACUGGGUGUAUCGUCUUUGCGGAAGAUGUGGCCGCGACUACCGAAGCUGAGUUUGCGGCUUGUCAAGGUCCGAAAGAGGUCAAUGCGAUGCUGGGCGUGAAAGCUCGUGCUAUGGGGCCUGAGUGGCUGCGUAAGAUUCUGACUCUUCCUCGAACCGGGAAUCAGGAUAUGGGCGUGUUUGCGGGCAUUUGGAAUUGGCAUCAGCUGCCAGUUAUCCUGAAUGGGAAGCGCGCUGGGAUUCUCGGGUUUAAUCUUGCAUCUGUUAAUCAUGCCUGUCUUCCAAACUGCACGUUGACUAUUGUCAACAAGCCUCCGAAGAGUGAUGGUAGCCAUGAAGCCAAAGGGCGUCCGGUGAUUAGACAUGCCGUCGUGCACGCACUCAGGCCUAUUGCGAAGGGUGAAGAAAUCACAGUUGCAUACUUUUACGCCAGAGGACGUCAUACGGCAAGGGAGUUGUUCUCCAAAGCCGAGUUCGGCUUUUUCUGCUUAUGUAGGUUGUGUGCGCAGCCCAACGAUGUGGUCGAAGAUGCCUUAGAUUGCUACUGGAAAGUUGAGCGCUUCUUGAACGAAACCCAGACUGGGGCUCUGUUGCCUGCGACGGCAUUCCAGGCUGCGCAGGCAGUGAUCGGUAAACUUGUGGAUAUCCAAGUUCGUGACGCUCGAAUUGUGAUGCUAUGGACAAAAUGCGCCAUUGUCGCGGGCUUCCAUUCAGAUGUUGCACGAGCAAUGUGUUUCCUUGCCAAGGCUUGCAAAAUGCUUGGUAUUCUAGAGGGGAGCACUGGUGUCUUGUAUCGACAAAUUCGUAGAUGGCACGAAACACCCACGUUGCUGCCAGGUUUCGGGGCGACCACACGAGGAUUAUCCACGGCUACAGAAGGCCGACUGAUGGUAAAUGAACUCGUCGCAGAGGAUGUCCUUUUCAUGACGAUAGCAGAGGCGCACGAGUAUAUCCGUAUAGCGAGAUAUCACCAACUAUCCACCCCUAUGCUCAAGGCGGGAGACGCUAGGUAUCUGAAUAUACCUAGACCAGCUACCGAGCAAGAUAGGGCACAGGAAAUGCCUGAAGCGCGCGCCCUAUCGCAAGGUCAGGGGCCAAUCGCGCCGAAGAGCGCUUCCAGACGCGGAGGUAGCUCUAACGCGAGAAAGGCCAAGAAGCGUCUCAACAGUGAUGGCUCAACCCGAGGAUCUCAAGUGUUCAAGGACAACAAGCAAGCAUCCACUGAGGGAUCGUCGUCGCCUGAGAUGUGCACGGACCGCGAUUGGGAUAUGUUGGAUAUGGCCAAUGAGGUUAUGGCCGACAAUCCAGAUAUGUUCCCGGAAUAUCGUCCCCGUCCUCCUACCACCAAGCCUAAGAAGAAGUCAAAAGGGAAGGAGGAUGGUGAGAAUACCCCAAUCGUAAAGGAUGUCAGCGCAGAGAAAAAGGUGGCGGUCAAGAAGGGAGAGGCACUUUUUCCCGAAUCAGUCACGGGCUCCGAGUGAACACACCACCGAGAAGAUGGUACCUCAUCUGUCUCGGUGGUGUGUUGGUGUGUUAUGGAAGUAUACUGAAUAUCCCGAUUUGGAGAUGUGAAUGGAUGCGGAGAAAACGUGACAGUGAUUAUGUCAUGCCUCAUGAUUUCUCCAAUUUUAUUUUCAUUUCAUUUUCAUUUCGUUCCCUACUAUUCCUGG